GGGGGAGGAAAACAACAACUAUGUUAUAAGAGAGGAGAAGAAGACGACGACCCAGUAAAAAAAGAGAGAAAAGGAAAAGGAAAAGCUCAUUAAAAAGACAAAAAAAAAAAAAGGAAAAAGAAUAGGAGGGAGAGAGAGAGAGAGAGAGAGAGAGAGAGAGAGAGAGAGAGAGAGAGAGAGAAUUUUGCAAUGUCACAAGAUUCUCAAGAGAUAAAGACGGUAGAGCAGUGGAAAUGGUCCGAAAUGCAAGGCCUUGAACUUAUUUCCUCUUCUUCAUCUACUCCUACCUCUCAUUCUCUUAUAUUUAAGCAAGACAAGCAUCCCCCAAUUCAAGAAGUAGAAGCAGAGAUGGAAAACACUACUCCUGCUUCUUCUUCUUCUCCUGCUGCUGCUUCUUCUACUCCCCCAAAUCCCCCCAAUGGUAAGAACGACGAGAAACCUUCCCCAUCGCCUCCUUCUUCCGGCUUCUCCGAGCUCUUUCGCUUCGCAGACAGCCUCGAUUACCUCCUGAUGUCUAUUGGGACUGCUGGGGCCAUCGUCCAUGGCUGCUCCCUCCCUAUCUUCCUCCGCUUCUUCGCCGAUCUCGUCAAUUCCUUUGGCUCCAACUCAAACAAUCCCGACAAGAUGAUGCAGGAAGUCCUCAAGUAUGCAUUCUACUUUCUGGUGGUCGGCGCCGCGAUCUGGGCGUCUUCUUGGGCAGAGAUUUCAUGCUGGAUGUGGACGGGCGAACGGCAAUCAACCAAAUUGAGAAUCAGAUUCCUCGAAGCUGCUCUGAAUCAGGACGUGCAGUACUUCGACACAGACGUCCGGACGUCGGACAUCGUCUUCGCCAUCAACAGCGACGCCGUCAUGGUUCAGGACGCCAUCAGCGAGAAAUUGGGUAAUUUCAUCCAUUACAUGGCGACGUUCGUCUCUGGUUUUGUCGUCGGCUUCACCGCCGUGUGGCAGCUGGCGCUCGUAACACUCGCAGUAGUCCCACUCAUCGCCGUGAUUGGAGCGAUCCACACCACCACAUUGGCCAAGCUCACUUCCAAGAGCCAGCAAGCCCUCUCAGAAGCUGGAAAUAUAGCAGAACAGACAUUAGCCCAAAUCCGAACGGUUCUAUCAUAUGUGGGUGAAUCCAGAGCGUUGCAGGCUUACUCGGCCGCGCUACAGGUGGCUCAAAGGAUCGGUUACAAGAGUGGAUUCGCAAAGGGAAUUGGAUUGGGAUCGACUUACUUUACAGUCUUCUGUUGCUAUGCAUUGCUGCUCUGGUACGGCGGAUAUCUCGUUCGGCACCAUUACACCAACGGCGGGCUUGCCAUAGCUACCAUGUUCUCCGUUAUGAUAGGCGGAUUGGCUUUAGGACAAUCAGCUCCAAGCAUGACUGCAUUUGCUAAGGCGAAGGUUGCAGCUGCGAAGAUCUUCCGCACCAUUGAUCACAAGCCAGGGAUAGAUCGAAACAGCGAAACGGGCAUAGAAUUGAGUUCUGUAACGGGUCACGUUGAGCUGAAGAACGUCGAUUUUUCAUACCCGUCGAGGCAAGAGGUUCGGAUCCUUAGCAAUUUUUCUCUGAAUGUGCCAGCGGGGAAGACCAUAGCUUUGGUGGGCAGCAGUGGCUCUGGUAAGAGCACUGUUGUUUCCCUCAUUGAAAGAUUCUAUGAUCCCACUUCAGGUCAGGUGCUCCUUGAUGGGCAGGACAUAAGGACACUGAAGCUACGAUGGUUGAGACAACAGAUAGGUUUGGUUAGCCAAGAGCCAGCUCUUUUCGCAACAACCAUCAAAGAAAACAUGCUUUUGGGAAGGGCAGAUGCUACCCAGAUAGAGAUUGAAGAAGCUGCGCGUGUAGCCAAUGCUCAUUCCUUCAUCAUAAAGCUUCCUGAUGGCUAUGAUACUCAGGUUGGGGAGAGAGGAUUGCAAUUGUCGGGUGGACAGAAGCAGAGGAUUGCAAUCGCGCGGGCCAUGCUCAAGAACCCGGCCAUCCUGCUACUGGACGAGGCGACGAGUGCUCUCGAUUCAGAAUCAGAGAAGCUGGUGCAGGAGGCCCUUGAUCGUUUCAUGAUAGGGAGGACGACCCUCGUGAUUGCCCACCGCCUGUCCACCAUCCGCAAGGCGGACCUUGUCGCCGUCCUCCAACAGGGGAGCGUCUCCGAGAUCGGGACCCAUGACGACCUCAUCGCCAAGGGGGACAAUGGACUCUAUGCCAAGCUUAUCAGAAUGCAAGAGAUGGCCCACGAAGCAGCUCUCAAUAAUGCAAGAAAGAGUAGUGCCAGGCCUUCGAGUGCCAGGAACUCCGUCAGCUCGCCAAUCAUCGGCCGCAACUCUUCCUACGGACGAUCGCCAUACUCACGCCGGCUCUCCGACUUCUCUACCUCUGACUUCAGUCUCUCCCUCGAUGCCUCCCACCCAAGCUACCGCCUUGAGAAGCUUGCCUUCAAAGACCAGGCCAGCUCCUUCUGGCGCCUCGCCAAGAUGAACUCCCCUGAGUGGGCCUAUGCUCUCAUUGGCUCUGUGGGGUCUGUUGUCUGUGGGUCGAUAAGUGCCCUCUUUGCCUACGUCCUCAGCGCUGUCCUAAGCAUCUACUACAACCAAGACCAUGCAUACAUGAGGAGGGAGAUUGGCAAGUACUGCUUCCUACUGAUCGGAGUAUCAUCGGCAGCACUCCUAUUCAACACACUCCAGCAUCUGUUCUGGGAUGUUGUCGGCGAGAACCUCACGAAGCGAGUGAGGGAGAAGAUGCUUGCAGCAGUUCUGCGUAAUGAGGUGGCGUGGUUCGACCGUGAGGAGAAUGAGAGUGCAAGGAUCGCGGCCCGCUUGGCAUUGGAUGCAAACAACGUGCGGUCUGCGAUAGGGGACCGAAUAUCUGUGAUAAUGCAGAACUCAGCUCUCAUGCUUGUUGCUUGCACUGCUGGGUUCGUCUUGCAGUGGCGCCUUGCGCUGGUGCUUGUUGCCGUCUUUCCUAUCGUGGUUGCUGCCACUGUGUUGCAGAAAAUGUUCCUGAAAGGCUUCUCCGGCGACUUAGAAGCUACCCAUGCCAAGGCCACUCAGCUAGCCAGCGAAGCUGUCGCCAAUGUCCGAACAGUCGCGGCAUUCAAUUCCGAGUCAAAAAUCGUAGGACUCUUCACCUCCAACCUCGAAGCUCCACUGCGUCGCUGCUUCUGGAAGGGACAGAUCGCUGGCAGCGGCUUCGGUGUAGCCCAGUUCUUGCUCUACGCCUCCUAUUCCCUCGGCCUAUGGUACGCGUCCUGGCUCGUCAAACACGGAAUCUCCGAUUUCUCCAAGACAAUCCGCGUCUUCAUGGUCCUCAUGGUCUCCGCCAAUGGCGCCGCCGAGACACUAACACUAGCUCCCGACUUCAUAAAAGGCGGCCGUGCCAUGCGGUCUGUCUUCGACCUCUUAGACCGCAGAACUGAAAUAGACCCAGACGAUCCUGACACAACUCCCGUCCCUGACCGACUCCGUGGAGAUGUCGAAUUCAAACAUGUAGACUUCUCCUACCCAUCACGCCCAGACAUACCCAUCUUCCGUGACCUCACCCUCCGAGCCCGAGCUGGCAAGACGCUCGCCCUCGUGGGUCCGAGCGGGUGCGGGAAAAGCUCAGUCAUUGCACUUGUACAACGAUUCUACGAGCCAUCAUCUGGGAGAGUACUCAUAGACGGAAAGGACAUACGUAAAUACAACCUCAAAUCGCUACGGCGGCACGUAGCGAUGGUCCCACAGGAGCCGUGCCUAUUCGCAGCAACCAUACAUGAUAACAUUGCAUAUGGAGCUGAGUCUGCAACAGAAGCUGAGGUGAUCCAGGCAGCUACGUUGGCAAAUGCACACAAGUUCAUUUCAGCCCUGCCUGACGGGUACCGCACGUGGGUCGGAGAGAGGGGUGUGCAGCUAUCAGGAGGCCAGCGGCAGAGGAUUGCCAUAGCACGUGCUUUCGUGAAGAAAGCCGAGUUGUUGCUGCUCGACGAGGCGACGAGUGCGCUGGAUGCUGAGUCAGAACGGUGCGUGCAGGAGGCGCUUGAGCGCGCGUCGUCAGGACGGACGACUAUCGUUGUCGCACAUAGGCUUUCGACGGUCAGGAAUGCUCACGUGAUUGCCGUGAUUGACGAUGGGAAGGUGGCAGAGCAAGGAUCGCAUUCGCAUCUUUUGAACCAUCAUCCUGACGGCUGUUACGCACGGAUGAUACAGUUGCAGAGGUUCACGCACGUGCCGGCGUCGGGUGCUGGGUCGUCUACACGUGCGAAGGAGGAGGAUGGGGAACAGAAAUAACUGGAAUUCCUUUGUUCCUUUUUUGGGUUCGUGUUAUUUUUGUUUGGGCAAUACGGCGUAUGUGUAAUAUAAUUGAUAUAUGCAUGUUUUGGUUAUGUCUUUUGUGGAGAGAGAAGACGUCCUCUUGAAUUCAAAUAGCUUUCUGCUUAUUUGUUUCUUCGGGGCUAUGCUAAUCCAUCUUUGAUCUAUGUGAAAUGACAAAAGGGACUCGUUUUUUGUUC